AUGACUACAACCGGAUUACAAGCGAUACCAACAAUGACUACAACAGGAUUGCAAGCAACACCGUCCAUUGCAACCACAGGAUUACAAGCUACACCUUCCAUGGUAACAACAGGAUUACAAGCUACACCUUCCAUGGCAACAACAGAAUCGCAGUAUGGUCUCGAGGACAUAGGUGAUGAAGAAGACUCCCUAUCGGAUAUUGAUGACAGUCAGAGUACAUAUGACUUUGGGACUCAAGUUGAAGCUAAUGUAUUCAAUUUCCAAAAAAAUGCACGAGAAAAAAUAAUUGAUCAAUACACCAUUAACCCAACUAUUAUCAAAAGAAAAGUCGAUCCGAUUCUAAAUUCUGGUACUCCAGAUAAAAACGUAUAUAUUGGGACGGAUGGUAAACAAUUUAAUGUGAAUAACAGUAAGUUAGCAAACAGGGCACUAAAUAACUAUGAUUGGGUUGCAACGUAUGAUUACAUAUUGAAUCUUAUUGACAUUGAGACAAAAAAUACCGCCGUUGGUUCGUCGCAUCAGUUUGGAUUCAACAUUGAGUCUGGAGCAUACGAAGUGCUUCGCGAUAUUCUGAUGAACAAUACCUUUCCAGAAGGUACUAGAUUACCGAUUCCAUAUAAGAAGGGCAGAAACCAACAAUGUGGCUAUAUUCCAGUAAAGGGAGGUUUUCGAGUAAAACUAUUUGAUGGUGAAUUAAAAGUUUUUGAUGGCGAUCGAGCAAAAUCCAACAGCCAAGUCUCAUGGGAAUCGACACUGAUAUGUAUAUCAAAUUUUUGA